AAAGCAGGUCUAAAAGUUCUUCCCUCUUGUUUAAGUCACACAAUUAAUUUCACAUAUAUACAUACACAUAACGCAUUAAAUUCAUUUAUGUAUAAUAUACAUAUUCACACAUCUAUAAAGAACCAGCAUAAUUAAAAACUCUAGAGAUCUAGAGAGAUAAAGAUGGGGAGGCCUCCAUGCUGUGACAAGAUAGGGAUCAAGAAAGGUCCAUGGACUCCUGAAGAAGACAUCAUUCUUGUUUCUUACAUCCAAGAACAUGGUCCAGGAAACUGGAGAUCUGUUCCCACCAACACUGGUUAUAUAUCAUUAUUUUUUAACAUAUUUUCUUCUUGUGUGUUUUUGUUUAUUUUGUUGUUUUUCAUGUCUCCUGAUGAUGUUUGUAUCUUUGGCAUUUCAAAAGGGUUAUUGAGAUGCAGCAAAAGCUGUAGACUGAGAUGGACUAAUUAUCUGAGACCUGGAAUCAAACGUGGAAACUUCACUCCUCAUGAGGAGGGAAUGAUCAUUCACUUGCAAGCCCUAUUGGGUAACAAAUGGGCGUCUAUAGCUUCAUAUCUACCACAAAGAACUGAUAAUGAUAUCAAGAACUAUUGGAACACCCAUUUGAAGAAGAAGCUCAACAAGUCUGAGAGUGAAGAGAGAAGCCUUUCAGAGAACAUCACGUUGCAAACUUCAGUCACAAGAAACACUAUUAAUCAUAGAUCUACCUAUGCUUCAAGCACUGAAAACAUUUCUCGCCUUCUAGAAGGUUGGAUGAGAGCAUCUCCAAAGAGUAGCACGGCUAGUUUCUUGGAACAAAAGCAACAAAACAGGACGAACCAUCUCAUGGAUCAUCACAAUGAUCAUCAGUCUCAGGAGGAGCAUGUACAAGGUUCUUGGGAUCAGGGAUUCCAUGUUCAUCCAAAGAACUCAGAGGAAAACGUUAAAUGCGAUCAUGAAGUUCAAGAAGAUGGUGAUGGUGAUGGUGAUGCUACUCCACCAUUGACAUUUAUUGAGAAAUGGCUUUUGGAGGAAACAAACACUGGGGGUCAAAUGGAGGAGAUGAGUCCAUUGAUGGAGCUCUCUAAUAUGCUUUAAUUUAAUUGUCACCAUCUCUUUUUUUUUUUUCUUUCUCCAUGUGAAACUUAUUAAUGGGACUACUAAUUUUAUAGACACAAAUAAAGAAACCAAAAUACAUAAUAUCAUGUUUUUGGUUUCUCUAAUAUAUAUUUAGUUAAUGCUCACUGCAUAAGUUGUAUAACUAGUCUGAAUUUGUCUACUCAUUUAUCAAUCAGUAAUAUUAUAUUUAGAGGUUAAAUAUUAUGUUAUGUUAAAUCACAUCAACUGAUUACUACAUGGUUAUUAGAUGUUGAUCA